AUGGAGCAUAAAUCGCCUCGAUCGCCAAGCCCCUCCGCGUCGUCUGGGCUUCUUAGACUCGGCCGACGCGGGUCCAAAGCCUCACUGGCGACUACACGGACCGAACGAGAAAAUAAAGAUGCAGCUUUAGACCAGAUCCACAACGCUGCGUGUCAGUCCGACUCACUGACACAUUUCAACGACUUCACCAGUCCUCCGACCCCGGUAUCAGCACAAGAUGACAAAGGCCUGUCAGAGGAACUACAGGGAGGAUUGAGUGGGCUCUAUACUCGGUUCAGAACAUCUGUUGGUGGUAUGAGAGAUAUCGUUAGUGGUGGGACAAGGCCGACGGACAAAAAUGCGGUAGAGAGCCCCCCUAGUGAAAAGCCCGGCCCCAGAACGCUCGAUGACAAACAUGGCCAAGAGUCUACCCCACCCACCAAUAAUGGCAAGAACUCCAAGAUAUCUUCCAAGAGCGCCAGCAUAUCUUCUAAGGCAUCUAUUCCCCCGUCGCCGGGUAUCAAAGGCAAUGUUGCGCCUUUGACCAAGUCCGGCAACGGCUCCACUGCAGUUGAUCCCACCAUCAUACAGCUCCAUGCAAAUGCUGUAGGAUCGGACCGCCGCUCUCGAAGUAGCUCUGUUAAUGUUCCUUCGCAUGGUCUUAAAAAUGCCGAGUCAGCAAGCGUUGGAAGUAGAGACGGCCCCGUCGAUCUGUCCUUGAGCCAAUCUUCUUCAGUGCUAAGCCAAAUUCACCCACACUCACCCGUUUUAUCGACAAAGACACACGAGAGCAUCCAUGAAGACCACGAUUCGGUAAAAGCUGGUGGACCGGCCAUGCCAGCAAGUCAAGUCUCGGGAGUCCAUGCCAGGAAGUCAUCUGCAUCUGCUGAUCCCCCGAGGCUUCCAGAGAGCAUGUCUCAGUCUGUUUUAUCACGAAGUUCAAAACAAUCUGACCCUCUCAAAGAAACGGCUUUUCAAGCUCAAGAAGUCAGAUCAAAUUCUCGAAUGUCUUUCAAUCAAGACGAACCAGAAAUCGUCGCACCCACGCUCGCAAAUGCCCACUCUAAACUCACUCCUCAAGAUGGUGAAUCAUUUCGUACAGACCCUUCCGCUGAGAAUGUCGGCCAUAUACAUCGCGAGGAAACAGGGAAGAAAUUGCCAUCGGAAGCUCCUGGCUUAACUAUGCCCAGCGACAAAGCCAAGCCAACCGCAGUCAACACCAAGAAUAGACUCCCUGGGUAUGUGAUGUCUCGAGCUUCCACAGCAGAGUCGGCAACCACGGUUUCUUCCUUGCCUCCUAUUAAUACGGCCGUACCACGAGUACUAGUCCCGCUAGAUAGCCGGGCCGCAGCACCUGGCUCCGAUGGUGUCAUAUCGCAGCUACGAAGCAGAUUAAUGAGCAGAGACUUUUGGAUGCGCGAUGAAAACGCGAAGGACUGUUUUCAUUGCGGUGAACCUUUUACAACAUUUCGCAGGAAACAUCAUUGCCGUACUUGCGGCCAGAUUUUCGACUCAAAGUGCACACUUUUGAUCCCCGGUACUCAAUUUGGACAGCCUGGAUCCAUUCGAGUUUGCAAGCCUUGUGAACGAAUGAUAAAUGCCCACGAAGAUGAUUCUUCUGAUUUUUCAGAUAGCGAGCAGAGCCCCGUUCUUAUGAACCCCCGGAUCUCUGAGCUCAGCUGGGGCAGUGCCCGUCCCUCUAUCGACGACGACGAUACUGCGUCUGUCAUAUCACAAUCGAUCGACCACGUGCUCAGAACCCCAACUAUGGCUAUUCCAGCCACACGACGUGCAGGCGAGGGACAUAAUCGCCGAUCGGCAGUGCUUGAAAUUAACCCCGAACGUUCUUUGGCACGGCCGACAUCUUCCAGGUCCCUUAGAUCCUCCUUGGGAACUAGGCCCCAUUCGAUCAGUCAUAAGCGCCACCACUCUCGCCAACAAUACAUUCGGAGCUUCAAGCCUUACCAUGACGAUCGAGCGCCAUUCCAGCGUCGCCACAUUGAUGAUCUGAGCACGGAGUCUCGCCUUCCCGCUUUCCAUAAAGACAAUAUCAUCGAUCCCGACCUUGCUCAAUACCUCUCGGAUGACGCAUCAAGUGGUGACGAACAGCCCAGUCUUUUGUCCGCUGUAACAGAUGCCAACCUGUCUAAAAGUGGUGGUGAUAGCGAAAAGGCCACCUUUGGUGGACUUCUUGCAGCUAUGAAAAAGGGCCGGUCGGCCUUUGGAGAGCGCGGUAUCCCGAGCAUCGCCCAACCCACUCGUGAUGCAGAUGAUGCCAGUAUUAGCAGCUCUAGAGCGGUGAAUUUGCCUCGUUCCUCACGCCGUCGAAACUUAAGCGUUGCUAGCAGCGUCCACCAACGCCAGUCUCCCCGAGCCUCCAAAGACAGCAUGUUUCCACAGGAUACAUUUGCCCCGCCUGUUCCAUUCCCUGUCAAGUUAAGAGAAGCUGGUUUCAAAAUGACCAGAAGCUCAUCGAUGAGGGGAGUCGGGGCCCCACCAGUGGAACUGAACAAGGCUAGCUUGGAGCACGUUCGUAAGCUCCUGCGCCAGCUUCUGAUUGCGGCCUCCGUCCCGAAUGAGGAGAGUUGGGAGAAUGCUCUGGUACCAAUUUUACUCAAGACAGCUGAUGAGGUGGACCCAGAUGUGCAGCGUGGAGAUGAUAUGGAUAUUCGCCAUUACAUCAAAUUGAAAAAGAUACCAGGCGGGAGGCCGGGAGACACUUCUUAUGUUUCAGGGCUAGUUUUCACGAAGAACCUAGCUCUGAAAAGCAUGCCCCGAAGUAUCCCAUGUCCAAACAUACUGAUUCUCACAUUCCCACUGGAGUAUGCUCGCCAGCAGCAACAUUUCAUGAGCCUUGAGCCUGUCAUUCGACAGGAACGUGAAUUCUUGGAAAACCUUGUCAGUCGGAUUGCAGCACUGAGGCCAAACUUACUACUCGUUCAGAACAACGUCUCUGGCCUAGCUCUCGUUCUUCUUGAGAAACAUCGCAUCGCGACCGCCUACAACGUGAAACCUUCCGUCCUCGAAGCUGUGUCAAGAUGUACUCAAACUAGAAUUGUGACUUCCAUGGACAAACUCUUGACCACCGAACUGCGUAGUGACUGCAGCAGUUUUGAUGUCAAAACAUACGUUCACUCGGGCAGGAAGAAAACAUACAUGUACAUUUCCGGCUGUCCGAAAGAACUAGGGUGCACAAUUGUUCUCCGGGGUGCCGAUGAGAAUGUUUUAGCCCAAGUCAAACAAAUUACCGAGUUCAUGGUUUAUGUUGUCUAUAAUCUGCGCCUUGAGACAUGUCUGAUGCGAGAUGAAUUUGCAAAGAUACCAGCCUCACCGACGGAGAACGUCAAUGUCGCACCUCAUACGGAGCAGAAAGCCAAACCCGAUAUUGAAGGCAACAACGAAAGUGACCCGGCUUUGGCAGGACUGGAGUCUUCACAAACAACCGACAAAUCGCGCGAAGAACCAGAGAAUCAGAAAUUGGCCGCUACUGAGACGAUCGAAGUCCCCGACAAUGUUCCAAUGCCAACGUACUAUGACGAUCUCGUCCAGGAUUACGAAACGAAGAUUCUGUCUACUUCUCCUUUCGUCAAAUUCGAACCGCCGUACUUGCUGAUGCGUACCAGAGAAAUGGAACGAAGAUUGGCAUAUCUGAAAGGUCUUCGAGACAACAAUGAGUCCACAGGGGAUAAUGCAGAUGAGAAAGCAAAGCCACAGAAAUUCAUACUUAUUACACCUGAAAUGGUCCAUGAAUCACCGCGUGAUGCACCGACGAAGGUCAAGGAAGUGUUGCGUGCAGCGCAUGACGCAGAAUACGACAGAGUCUUCUACCAUUACCAAACUCAGAAACGACAGUGGGAAGCCUAUGUGGCGGGCAAUUCGACCAUGUUUGACCCGUAUUCUCAUCAAAACAUUGUCGUGCUCUACAGCCUUGUUUGCACGGCAACAUCGGUCCCAUGUGUCGGGCCAGAUGUAUUCGCUCUGGAGUUCUACAAUGAACAUGGAGAUGACGCCAUGUAUGAAGAAGAUUGCACACUUGGACGUUUUGUGCAGGCGCUCUGUGGAUCAGCGAACCAUGUUUGUGGUGUGAAUGGCUGUGAGAAGCUCAUGUUCGAGCAUCAUCGCCAAUACGUUCAUGGUGACGCCCAACUGAGUGUAAUGCUGCAGCCCCAUGCCUCCAAACUCCGAGGACUACAAGACACAGUCCUGAUGUGGAGUGUUUGCAAAAUCUGCGGACAUGAGACUCAAACUACCUUGAUGUCGGAAAGUACUUUCAAAUAUUCUUUCGGUAAAUACCUGGAGCUCUCGUUCUGGGGAAGAAAUUUGCACGCACGCGCCGGUGUUUGUCCGCACGAUCUCCAGAGAGACCACCUCCGCUACUUUGGCUUCAAAGAUGUUGCUGUGCGCAUUCAGUACGAUAAAAUUCAUCUCCUCGAGAUCAUUGUUCCACGGCCUCGAGUCACCUGGAAAGUGGACAAUGAUUUGAAGCUGCGAAAUGAGGUUUAUACACGUAUGGAGCAACGACUGAGCAAGUACAUGACUUCAGUUGUCGCGCGUCUGAAGGGAAUUAAUGUCGAGAGCGUCGUUCCCGAGUUGUUAGAUGCCAGCAAAAAAGAGAUAGAUGACUUGAUCAAAAAGGCCCACGAAGAUCACGCUGUCUUGGUACGACAAUUGCAAGACAAAUACAACAGUUCACGCUACUGGGAGGUCAUCCCUUUGAAUGAGGUAUUCCGUGCGGUUCAGGAAAAGGUUGUUGAAUGGGACACCAUCUUCGCAGACUUUGAACGAAAUUUCUUCCCAUCGGAGAAAGAUAUCAAACGAAUGGCGACUUUACAACUCAAGAAGAUCUUCCUCGAUAAGGAUGCAACAGAGGUCACGGAUGACCCCUUGCACACGCCGACUGAUGUGGAGGACGACAGUACCACGGAGAACGAAAAACCAAGAUUCACGCGCCGUAUGACUCUUUCUCCUGAAAAGGCUCAAGAUGUUUUGGUUUCUGUGGUUGAGGAGCAUGCUGGGAAAAAACACAGAGAUAUUUCCCAGGCAGUAGAUACACCUCCAUUGCUCACCCCAAGCGAGGGAACGAUGUCGACCAUUGAUGCUGAGGUCAGUAAACAAGCUUCCCCGCAAGACGAACCUGCUUCACAAGAGGAAGUCCGCCAUCUCGACCUAGCUGUUCCAAGUGGUCACUCUGAAAGGUCGCCAUCGGGCGCGGCUUCUUCUCCAAAUCUGCAUCUGUCUAGCCCCGAUGCACCGGCAGAGUCCAUCGAAGCCAAACCCAGAAACGAUUGUACCGAGUUGUCCGGUCCAGAGGCAAUUGAUUGCUCCGCUCCGGCAGAUGAUGCGAGGAAGGACGAAACCUCGCCUGAUCUACCCGCCACGCCGCCUAAUAAACCUUCAGCUAUCCCAAGACUCACUGAAGGCGCUUUCCGACGAUCUAGUAAAGCUCGCUCCCCUCCUUUACUUCGCACUCAAUCACAGCCAGCCCACCUUGUUCGAGACAGAUCCUUUGGAGGGAAGACAAGUCCAUUGAAUUUGAAUGAUGCUAGCAACUCACGAGGCGAGCCUGCCAAAGCAUCUGACAAGAAGUUGACAGAUCGUUUGGGGUUGUCCGCGCUCAAGAAUACUCGUUUCGCCUCGGGGCACUCUCUCAUUCCACGCUCAACACCGAAACGUGGCAGUACCCAUGUAUCAACCCUUGCCAAGCAUUUUGAGCAACUAAGCCGUGAAUUCGAGAUGGAACGACAGCGCGAGAGGCGACAGAGGGCUAGUGGUGCUCAAUCUCGCGCUUUCCCGCUAGCAUCUUCGAAGCCCAUCGUGGAGGUUUAUCGGAACGUCCGAGAGGCCGUGGAAGAGCGUGAACCCCCGGUUGACGGAGAAGAGUCCAUGUCAUCAGCGCCGAGACACUCGAUGGAUGACUCUAGCCGGAGAAGCGAUGAAUUUAUGGAUCAGGCAGACCAACAGCCGUCGGCAGAGCCCUUGUCAGAGUCCCCGACCGAGUCCUUUGGACCAGGAAGAAUUGUUCGAUCCGAUUCUCAGCCCAUGUCAGAAGGUGAGCCUGAGGACAAUGCUAGCGAUGAGGAUCAAGGCACGACAGAAGGGCUCCACCCUGUUGAUUCUCAUGACGAGGUCAAGCUUCCCGAUGACGAUUCCAUCGAAUACAAGGAUCUUGCAAAGCAUGAACGCACAACACUCCUCAAAAUGUUAACAAAUUUCUGGUCUGAGCGAUCUGCCAGCGGAUGGACAGCUCUUGAGUAUCCUCUCACGGUCAUGGACCACGUUUUUGCAGACUGUGACAUUAUCGUACGAGAGGAUGAGCCCAGCUCCUUGAUUUCUUUUGCAUUGGAUUCAUCCGACUAUAAAGAGAAGCUUCUGAGUAUCCAGCAGCGUUAUGACGAAAAGGAAGAAUAUCAAGAGGAGCCCGAUAGCGGGCCAGAAGCCCUAGAAGAAUCUCGAGUUGAACAUGCCCUCUUGCGAGCAACUGGCACCCACCUCAAAUACCAGUUUCAAGAAGGCCAGGCCAAGAUGCUUUGCAAAGUGUUCUAUGCCGAACAAUUCGAUGCCCUGCGCAAAAAAUGCGGUGUUGCUGAUCGAAUUGUGGAAUCGCUUUCUCGGUGCGCCAAGUGGGAUUCGAAGGGUGGCAAGACUAAAUCACUGUUCCUCAAGACUUUGGACGAUCGAUUCAUCCUCAAGUCUCUGUCUCCAAUUGAGACCCAGGCCUUCCUGAAAUUCGCCCCUGCCUACUUCCAAAUCAUGUCUGAGGCGUUGUUCCAUGAGCUGCCGUCUGCGAUUGCCAAGAUGUUCGGUUUCUACCAGGUCAUCAUCAAGAACCCAUCUACAGGAACAGAAUUCAAUUGGUUCCUGUUAUUAAUGGAGAACUUGUUCUACGACCGCGUACCUAAUCGGAUUUUCGAUCUGAAAGGGUCGAUGCGCAAUCGCAAGGUACAAAGUACUGGUGAGCGCGACGAGGUCUUGCUCGACGAGAACAUGGUCGAUUUCAUUUACGAGACUCCAUUAUUUGCACGAGAGCAUUCGAAGAAGCUGCUUGGUCAAAGCGUAUGGAACGACACACUUUUUCUUGGUCGACAAGACGUCAUGGACUAUUCGCUCAUGAUCGCGAUUGACGACAAGCGCAGCGAGCUGGUGGUGGGGAUUAUUGACUGUAUCCGUACCUACACCUGGGAUAAGAAACUCGAGUCUUGGAUUAAAGAUCGCGGCUUUGCUGGUAGCAGUCGCAAUCGCCCUACCGUUACGAGUCCCAAGGAGUACAAGGGUCGAUUCCGAGAGGCGAUGGCCAGAUACGUACUUCAAGCUCCAAGUUGCUGGCACCAAUUUCAACCUAGUGCAAUGUACCGACAUCCCCAUGGCGAUCACCAACAAAGUCAUCUCACGGAGUUUGAAGCCUUCGAUGGCAGUGGGGAAGCUGGCCCCCUUCUAUGA